ACGGGUGCCGGCAUCUAUAUUGCCACCAACGAUUUUAUUUUUUUCUCUUCUUUAACAAUAAAUUAUCACUUCAAACCUUAUGUAGUAACUUGUUCUGAUGUCUAGCAACAUGCCUGAUUUUUUUAAGCACGAAAAAAUCAAAAACUAUUCAUUUUUGAGCCAUUUUUGUGUUAACAACUCUCGAUUUAUAGCAGCCACAGCAAAUUUCCCGUAAAGUCAUUGAAAUACAGUCUUUUUGCUUAAGUUUUCAAUGCAUAUGAAUUGUUUAGGACCUGUUGAGUCUGAUCAUGAGUUUUAUUAGUUGUUUUUGUUGAAUCUAACAUCAAAAAUUCAAUUACAAAAAGAUAAUUUUCACCAUCAAGUGUUUUCCGCUAGACGGGCAGGUGGCAUCUAUAUUGCCACCAACAUUUUACGCUAACCGGGCAGGUGGCAACUAUAUUGCCACCAACAUCUAACACUAGCCCUUUUACGGGCAGGUGGCAGCUAUAUUGCCACCAACAUUUUACGCUAGCCGGGCAGGUGGCAUCUAUAUUGCCACCAACAUUUUACGCUAGCCGGGCAGGUGGCAUCUAUAUUGCCACCAACUUUUUCAAUGUUUCAAACUGUUUGCGUAUUGAAAAUUAUUGUUAGUGUAUUUUAGCGUGUAAACAUGUUGUUUUUUUCCAGUGUUUUUGUUUUUGUUUAUAUUUCACCGGAGUAAACAUAAAACUGAUAAUUCGUAGAAACAAUUCACAAUUUUCGAAAUACCAGCAAAACACAUUUCGAAUACAUUUCAAACUAUCAAAUGGGUUACACAUUUCAGCUGAAGCUAUGUCGAGUGACAAUGAAUCGGAUGAUGACCUCGAAAAAGAGUUGGAGGAGAUUUGUGGAUUUUCUCCUGAUGUAUCUGAGGAUGGUUUUGAAACAGAUGCGGAAUCGUUUGCCGGCAACAAUUCGGAUGUAUCCAUAAUCGAUAUUCUUGUGGCAAGUGACAAUUCUGAUGACUAUGAUAAGGACAGUGAAACUGAACGGAAUACAUCUGAAAAAGAAUUGUGCGUCUCUGGUCUCCGUAACCAACCGAACGAAUUAGAGGAGACUUUUGGACUGUCCGAUAAUCUCGAUACGUCUGAGGACGAGCUGGAAGAUGAUUCAGAAGCACUAAAAAGCCGCAAAUCGCUUCCAGUUUUCCUCGAUAAGCUUUCGCUAAGAAAAAAUGAUCAUGCUAAAGACGUCAGGAUGGAAAAAAAUGCCUCGACAAAUGAACCACAACCGGCUUCUUCCGGUCUCCAGAACCGGAAGCUAACUACUGAAGCUGCAUCCGAAAAAUGUAACAUAGACACAGACACAGCGAACGACGAUCAACCGGAUGAUGAUUGUUCUGAGAUGGACCAAUCAGACGAAGAAGAAAAUGACUGGAAAAAAACUGAUUGGCCUCAGCAACCCAACGCGAACAAUUUUGAUAAUGUUCGUUUGCAAGCCUCGGAUAAUUUUCCGCAUAACACGAAACCGUCGGUUUAUUUUGCAAAAUUUUUUGACGACAGUGUAAUAGAACUGUUGGUUACACAAACAAACAUGUACGCAGCUCAACAGAAAAGUCGAAGUUGGGAGCCGGUGUCUCAAGAUCUAAUGAAAGCUUUUCUUGGAAUUACAAUAUUGAUGGGACUAAAGCCACUGCCUGCUGUUGAGCUGUAUUGGUCCACUGACCCCUUCUUCUGGACGGAAGAGAUCGCUGCUAUUAUGCCGUGCAAACGAUUUAAGAAAAUUAUGGAGAACCUACAUCUGAAUGACAACAGCGCGAUGCCUUCGAGGAAUUCCGAUCAAUUUGACAAGUUGUUCAAGGUUCGCCCACUUCUUAACUUAUUGAACUCUGCAUGCCAGAAUGCUGCAAAAUGCACAUCAUCGCAGUCGAUUGAUGAAGCAAUGAUUCAAUUCAAAGGCCGAUCAUCAAUGAAACAGUAUAUGCCACUCAAGCCGGUGAAAAGAGGAUAUAAGGUCUGGGUCAGGGCCGACAGCGAAACAGGAUACGUAUUCCAAUUCGACAUUUAUUCCGGUAAACGUGACAAUAAAGCACCAACUGUCGGUCUGGGGGCACAAGUAGUAAAGCAGUUGACCAAGCAACUAAUCCAAAAUGGUUUUCAAGGUCAUUUCAGUUUUGACAGAUUUUUUACCUCCUACGAAAUAGUACAAUAUCUAUUUGAUCACGGAAUUCACGUAACAGCUACAGUCAACUGUAACAGAUCAGAUCUUCCAGUUUUGAUCAAACAACACAAGUCACAAUCGAAAAUGCGUAAGCAUUUCAGGAGAGGUCAAUAUAAGUGGCGUGUGAAGAAAAACGUCGCUUUUAUAAUGUGGCAAGACGUCAAAAUGGUUACACUAUUGACUACAGCAUUUCAUCCACUUACCGAAAAAGCCACAUGUGAAAGAACGCAACAUGAUGGUACCACUAAAACCCUUCCAUGUCCAAAAGCUAUUGUGGAGUACAUAAAUAGGAUGGGAGGUGUUGACCGUUUCGAUCAAAAGAGAAAAAGCUAUGAGGUCGGAAGAAAAAGCAAGAAGUGGUGGAUGCGAAUUUUCUAUUUCUGCAUAAAUUUGGCUAUCACAAAUGCACAUUUGUUGUACUCUUCUAAUAGUCGCAUCCGAAACCCUAUGUUGCAGUUGCAGUUCAGGUUGAAGCUGGCACGGGAUCUCGUAGGUGAUUACACAUGCCGAAAACGAAGUCUACAAGCCGAGCCGAAAUAUGCUACAAAGAAACCCAAAAUGUCAUCAAACUACCAGAAAGAACGAGUUCCAGACAACCUACGCCUUACGGAUGUUGGAAGUCAUCAGUUGGAGCAGCUACCAGAAUACCGCCGCUGCCGCUUGUGCAGUACGAAAACUAGGAAUAAGAGAUCUAAAAUACAAUGCACUAAGUGUAAGGUAACGCUCUGUGCAACACCGUGUUUCAGAUUGUUCCACGAAGAGCAGAGUCUUUCAUAA